AUGCGAGACAGACUGAACCUCCAAGCCCGGACACAGACACAGACACAGAUGCAAGGACAAGCACCAGGAGGAGAGUUACACAUCCCCCUAAUAUGGUUCUGCGGCCUACACGUCGACAAGGAAGACGAAGAACGGUCGGAACCUCACAGCACGGAAACCAUUUCCUGGCCGGCCACCAUGUUCCGUUCUUUCAUCGCCCAACUCCUCCGCUACUACCCGCACCUCAACCUUUUGCAUAUCGAGCAAGAAGCUGGGGCCGAUAUCAUCGCGGCGAGGGAGGGUAAGCUCAAAGCGCUGUGGAAGGUCUUCCACUGCUUGGUUAGACGGCUACCAGGUAGUGUCACGCUUGUGUGUGUUAUUGACGGUGUCGUGCAUUAUGAGAUGGAUAGGUAUGAGGACGCGAUUAUGGGGUUGUUGAAGAGGUUAUUGGGAUUGGGAAAAGGGUUGGAACAAUGUCGGGUGAAGGUUCUGGUUGUUAGUCCUACUAAGACGGAGAGUGUUCGGUUAUUUGAAGGAGAUGGGGAGGGAGAAGGAGAUGUGCUGUCUUUGGCUGGUGAGCCCGUUGGUAUGGGCGGGUUUGAGAUGGGUGUCAGUGGAGGGGACUUGUGGAUUGACAGACCGAUGGACUUGUGA